AUGGAUCAACAUAACAGAGCUUUGAAUCUAACCGGUACAGAACAAGAUUUAUUAAGCUCAACAACUUGUAAACAUGGUAACGAAAGUCAAAAUUCGUUAAUGCAAAGAAAUAGCUCUCGAACUGUUGGUGGUAAAUACCAAGAAGAAAGAAAAACCGUCGAUCUUUGCCUUUACUGUUGUGGUAGCACAAAGCCUGCCUGUUUGGAGAUUGGACCUGCGGAUGGUGGACCGAGGAACCAAGGUAUCAAAUCGCCAAUUAUAAUGAAGAAUUUCGCUAUUCAGAUUUUACAACAGUAUGGGAUCAAAAUGAACGAAAUAAUCAGAAUUGUUGGCUUCGUUAUCAGUGGGUUCGAUUUAACUGCCUUAUUGAUGACUUUCAAAGGUUUUACGUCCUUGAUCACUAGAUCUAAAAAAAAAAUCGCGGCCUCAGCAUCUGUCAUUUUGGAUGAAAACGAUGACUUACCUUGCCACACCAAUACAAGCAAAAGAAAAAAUCCUGAAGAAGAACAUUGAAUUAAUAUGCUGUAUCGCGUUGCUAAAUGCUUCACCUCCAUAUCACCUUAUCCUUCUUUCUUAUUACCACUUUUUUUUUUUAAUAUAAACAUUCAAUAUUUUUAAUGCAUGAAAAUGUCACCCGUUUUGAAUGCUUUGGGAUACUAGAUACGUAGAUCUGUUGUGGGGGGUGGAUAUGACCUCCUUUAGGUUGUACCCUUUUGACAAUAAAAAUAAAAAGGCGCCUGGUCAUUCUC